UUUGGUCAGUGUGCACGUGUAUAAAGUAGUAUUUAUUCCCAGCUCACGAGCAUCAUCUCAUUCAGUACCGGUUGACCUGUGCCAAACAUACACCAAACUUACAACAGUGCGUUAAGGACGCGUGCGUACGAUACCAUUCACCACAUUUAUUUUCAAAAGAAACUAGUUAAAAAGUUUUUUGAGGCGAAUAAAAAUUCUGCAAAUUUAAAAUUUUAACGUAUAAUUUGAAAUGAUUCAAAACAUGAUAUAUUCCGGCGUGUUAUUUUAUGUGAUUGUGUCUUAUGUUACAACUGCACCCGCAUAUCAUCUGUCUCGCGGACCAACAUACACGAUAAACAAUGCACAGGGACAGCAUCGAAAACCAUUUAUCGAGGUACGAAACUCUACAUACCACGGCAGCGGCCCUCGGGAGGAGGCCCGUGCCAUGUGCUCUGUGAAGACACAAGAAGUGAACGCCACCGCAAAUGCUACCAUCACUAGGAGACUUCACGGAGUUGUUACUUCAAGAGAGCUGCAAUCGUCUAUCCAGCGCCUGGAAGUGAUUAUAUUCGGCCAAAUGCAGCAGCUGUGGCAGAGUUUGGACGCACUCCGCGGUCAACUAGCAGGAGACACGCAGGCGAACUUCCCUGACAGACGUACUUUAUCGUUUAGAUUUAGACCUGGUUUACAAUGAACACGUAUCUACCUAGAUAUUUAGAAUCUCAUUCAUGGGUAAUGUUUUUAGUAUCGUCGGUAUUUUAAAAUACUAUUAGUCUUACCUAUACUUAAUCGACUAACUGGAUGCCAAAGAAUUCUUCGAAUGUGUGCCGUCGUUAGUAGAUUUGCAAUUGGGUAUGUGUUCGUUAUAGAAUAUACUAUUUUAGAUUUUAGAAUUUUCAAACAGGGUGUCUAUUCUAUAAAUAUUAAAUAUAUGUCGAGCCCUCAACCAUUGGAUACUCUUUAGAGAAAAAGGUGUGCAUAUAUGAUUAAUUGAGGUGGGUAACUCACCCGUGGCUACUCAGCCAGCCUAGAAAAUCAUAGGGUUUGUUAAACCUUAUGAGAACGCAAGAAGAGAGAGAAAAGAUCGUGUUAAAGUUUGAACUAAUGUGAAGGUACGGCGUCAGUUCAUCCUCUAAAAACCCAGUCAAAGGGAAUCAUAAUAGGCACCAGUAGUUAAUCUCUCUGUUAUAGAUGAUCUGCGCUUUAUAAAUAAUUGUAAAGACGCGUAAAUUGUUCCUAAAUCGGUCACUAUAAAAGUAUAGUUGAUCGACUAGAGUCGCGUUAGCUUUACUCCAUAUGGAUGCAGUUUGCUAACCUUAACAUGGAUACAUAACAAAAUGUGUUGUAAUAAAUUAACCUUAUAUACUUUUAAAUUGUAUUCAUGAAAGCUUUCAAUUUUCCAUCAUGUGUAUAUUGUUUUCUUUGUUCAGGCAAGCUAUUUAGUGCCGUAACAAAUAUAUUUUUUAAUUUAUGUCACUUAUAGCGAUACCAAAUAAGUACGUCAAUAAUUAAUAUAUCUGUGUGAGAAUCAAUGAUUAUGUAGAUAUAAGGUUCCUCAGUCGACGGGUGUGAUAAUAAAACUGCAGAAUAACUUGAUAAGUUUCAAUUUAUUAACAAUUAGUAACUGAAUAAUCAGCAUAAGUUCACGCGAUCAAAUUCUCAUCAAUUUAAUACGAAUUUGACCGCGUAAUAACAAUAAAGGUUCGUUAGUUAAGUUAAAUGUUUUACAUCUAAAUGAUUUAUUAAUAAAUUAUUAACAAAUAAAA